AUGUUGGACUUCGCGAUCUUCGCUGUCACCUUCUUGCUGGUGUUGGUGGGAGCGGUGCUCUACCUCUACCCGGCUUCCAGACAAGCUGCAGGAAUUCCAGGGAUUACUCCAACAGAAGAAAAAGAUGGUAAUCUUCCAGAUAUUGUGAACAGUGGAAGUUUGCACGAGUUCCUGGUUAAUUUGCAUGAGAGAUAUGGGCCUGUGGUCUCUUUCUGGUUUGGCAGGCGCCUUGUGGUUAGUUUGGGCAGUGUUGAUGUGCUAAAGCAGCACAUCAACCCCAAUAAGACAUCGGACCCUUUUGAAACCAUGCUAAAGUCAUUAUUAAGGUAUCAGUCUGAGAGUGGGAACGUGACCGAAAACCUCAUGAGGAAAAAAUUUUACGAAAAUGGUGUGACUAAUUCUCUGCGGAGCAACUUUGCUCUCCUGCUAAAGCUUUCGGAAGAAUUAUUGGAUAAGUGGCUCUCCUACCCAGAGUCCCAACAUGUCCCUCUCUGCCAGCAUAUGCUUGGCUUUGCAAUGAAGUCUGUUACGCAGAUGGUAAUGGGUAGUACAUUUGAAGAUGAACAAGAAGUCAUUCGCUUCCAGAAGAAUCAUGGCACAGUUUGGUCGGAGAUUGGAAAAGGCUUUCUAGAUGGAUCACUUGAUAAAAGUACGACUCGGAAAAAACAAUAUGAAGAUGCCCUUAUGCAACUGGAAUCUAUUUUAAAGAAAAUCAUAAAAGAACGAAAAGGAAGGAACUUCAGUGAACAUAUUUUCAUUGACUCCUUAGUACAGGGGGACCUUAAUGACCAACAGAUCCUAGAAGACAGUAUGAUAUUUUCUCUGGCCAGUUGCAUAAUAACUGCAAAAUUGUGUACCUGGGCAGUCUGUUUUUUAACCACCUAUGAAGAAGUUCAGAAAAAACUAUAUGAAGAGAUAGACCAAGUUUUUGGGAAGGGACCUGUAACUCCAGAGAACAUUGAGGAGCUCAGGUAUUGUCGGCAAGUACUUUGUGAAACUAUUCGGACUGCCAGACUGACCCCAGUUUCUGCCCGGCUUCAAGAUAUUGAAGGAAAGAUUGACAAAUUUAUCAUUCCUAGGGAGACCCUUGUCCUUUAUGCCCUUGGAGUGGUGCUUCAGGAUCCCAGUACUUGGCCGUCACCAUACAAGUUUGAUCCAGGGCGGUUUGAUGAUGAAUCGGUAAUGAAGACUUUCUCCUUGCUUGGAUUCUCAGGCACACAGGAAUGCUGUAGGUUUGCAUAUAUGGUGACCACAGUACUUUUGAGUGUACUGGUGAGGAGACUGCACCUACUUUCUGUGGAGGGACAAGUUAUUGAAACUAAGUAUGAACUGGUAACAUCAUCCAAGGAGGAAGCUUGGAUCACUGUUUCAAAGAGAUAUUAA